UUCCGUCUCUGAAUAUACCAAACGGAUGUUUGCAUCCAGAUAUUUAUAUCCCUUAUAAUAUAUUUUUGUUGUAUCUGUGCAGACCUAUGCUGGAACAUUGUUAAUGUGGGAGGCCACCCGUCUGCAGAGGGAGACUACCAAAGGUCGGCUCUUUAACGUUAGUGUACCAAAGAGAGACGAUUGAAACUGACUUGAUAGCACAGUGAUAAUGGUGGGUUGGUGUGCUGUACCGGGUUGUAACACACAGGAAGAUGAAGAUAUUCUUUAUCAUUGCUUGCCGGCGAAUGAUAUGCAAAGAUGCAGACGAUGGUUAGCAGCUAUACAAAAGGAUGUCAAUUUACCAGUGGAAAGGCAUAAACAUUUCUUAGUGUGCGAACACCACUUCAGACCAGAGGAAUAUGAAAGGGAUUUGAUGGCAGAGACGAUGGGUGCCAAACAUAAGAAAAAGCUCAAAUCCACCGCGAUUCCCUCCAUAUUUCCAUGGACUGAUGACAUUUUGAAGAGAAUUCAGCCACACCGAAAAAAUGUGAAUGCGGCCGGAAGUGGUAUGUUGCUGAGUGCAGUUGGCAGAAUCGGUGCCAAACCAAAAGGUGAGCCUGCCACAACAACAACAGGAGCAGCAUCCCGGAUGUCAACAUCAGUGGUCCAACAACCUGCUGUAGUUCCUGUUGCUUUUUCACCGCAGACUGUGAAGAGUGCAGUUGGCAGACUCGGUGCCAAACCAAAAGGUGAGCCUGCCACAACAACAACAGGAGCAGCAUCCCGGAUGUCAACAUCAGUGGUCCAACAACCUGCUGUAGUUCCUGUUGCUUUUUCACCGCAGACUGUGAAGAGUGCAGUUGGCAGACUCGGUGCCAAACCAAAAGGUGAGCCUGCCACAACAACAACAGGAGCAGCAUCCCGGAUGUCAACAUCAGUGGUCCAACAACCUGCUGUAGUUCCUGUUGCUUUUUCACCGCAGACUGUGAAGAGUGCAGUUGGCAGACUCGGUGCCAAACCAAAAGGUGAGCCUGCCACAACAACAACAGGAGCAGCAUCCCGGAUGUCAACAUCAGUGGUCCAACAACCUGCUGUAGUUCCUGUUGCUUUUUCACCGCAGACUGUGAAGAGUGCAGUUGACAGACUUGCUAGUGGGCAGAUGACAGCAAGAGCAGCAUCCUGGAGGUAUCAAACUUAUAAAGAUGCAAAAGUCAGUUUUCGAGUUGGCUCAUCACUACGAACCAGAGUACUUACGGGACCGUGGGAGGCAGUUGCAGAUAAUUUAGUGCGGGGUCGUUUCAAAGCUAUCCCCAGAAACCUAAUGGCAAUCCCUGGCCUGGGCCAUGCGAUGUUGGAGGAAGUGCUGAAGUUGGUAACUAAAGAAUGCGUCACCUUAGUUUCUAUGCGCUUCAACUCCGUCCUACGCCAGACUAGUCCCCUUUCACUUAAAACCUUCAACUGGACCACUGUGACUGACGAGUGGAAGACCUCGGCGCCGACCUUCCUCAGUUUUCUAUCCGCUAGCUCAGCUACAGCGUCCUUGAAUCCAAAUACAACCAAAUCAGCUAAAAGUUCCAUGGUGGCCAUGGCUGGCGCCUUACUACUUAGGGCUCGCUCAAAGAAUAUGUGUGCACCCAUGUACAGGACCUCAAUGUUGCUACGGCAAGGACGAACCAGGACCAGAUGCCAAAACAAGCUUGCAAAAAUGGGAGUUUGUGUUUCAAGUCACAGUAGCUUAACAAAGAGGAGAGAAAUUACACUUUCCUAUGAUAAAGACUUUGCUGCCUGCCAUACCCGGACCGCUAUUGAAGACCAACCAAUAAGCCCACCGACCAGCCCACCUCAUCCAGUGAUGACACCUUUGUCACCGGAGGACGGAGAUCCCGGUUGCUCUGGAGAGAAUGUAGCGGAGACUACUGUUGUGUUGCCAGGCAGUGACGAUGACGAUGCCGCUGCGCUGACGGAUGAGGAGUUCUGGCAGUUCUCCAGGGAGCAGGAGGAAGAUGAGGAUGAUGAAAAGGCGUACACGAACUCAGUCCAGAGGAAACAGGGGAAACGGUUCUCUGCGAAGAAGUUCUUCAAAGUGCAAAGGAAAAAUAAAGCUGUGCAAACACGUCCUCAUGGAACCAGCGUCGAUGUCACUCCUGAGAAUGGUGACUUGUGUGUGAACAGAGACUGUCUCCUGCAGCUCUUCCGGUUGUGCAGGAAGUGUGGAUUUGAGUGCGAGGUCAGCUUGCAGGGCCAACAGAGGAGCUUCUCUGUCAUUCAGACGUGCCCAGUAUGCAGUCACACCAGGAAGUGGAUGAGCCAGCCUUCUGUUGCCGAGGAAACCUCUAGAGAAAGAGAGAAGGAGCUACUGAAUGGAGAGGAACCAUGUAAGGACAGAGACCAGGAUGACAGUUGUUCGUUGACGAUGGAAAUCACUGAGGAGAUCUGUGACUAUGAUGAGGAAAGCGGUCAGUCCUCGGAGAGGGAGAACAAGAGGAAAAGGGGGAAGGAGAGAUCAGAUGAGACGGAGUGGGAGCCGUCUGAUGAGGAAGACAUUGUAAUGGACUCUGAUUCUUCUGAGGAUUUGGAAACGGCAGGUUCCUCUGGUCUAACAGAAGAGGCCAACAUUGAUAAUUGUCAGACCGGAAUAGAGAAAGAAGAGAGACUUGUGGAGUGGUGCACUGACUGUGGAGCCGAGCCUGUACUCGCCUGCACCACACAGCGCCAUAAGAAGCUGUACGCCUGUGGUGUGUGUGUGAGUGAGGUCCAACAAGCUGUUGGAUUUGACCAAUUCUACAUGCGCUUCGAGGACCCGGCCAGCUUCAAGGAACAUGUACGACGUGAACACAACACAAAACCUCAUUGGUUGCUCUGUACAGACUGCGGCAAGCGUCACUUCAAGAAGGAUCAUUUGUGCGAGCACAAGAUCAAGAGGCUCCGCUGUCGAGACUGUGGUAAACGCUGUCUGAGUGAGCAGGGUCUGUGGAGUCACAGACGUCUCCAUCAGAAAGGCCGUGUUUACCCAUGUAAGUUCUGCCUCAAGCCAUUCAGGACCAAACAGGACAAGCUUACCCACGAAGAGAACCAUCGGCAUCCUUAUCAGUGCUCAGAAUGCUCAGAAAUAUUCAAGAACAUUAGACUACGGAACAGACACCUUCAGAGCCACAGAGGUCCAAAGAGAUACAUUUGUGACAUCUGCGACAAACGUUUCUUCCAGCUUAAACACCUCCAGAAACAUACAGCCGUUCACAGUAGGCAGAGACCCCACAUGUGCCAGCUGUGCCAACGCUCGUUCACCGAAAAGAGACACCUCAGGGCCCACAUGCGCUCCAAGUGCCAGCAGUGUGACCAGUGUUUCAAUCGCAUAGUCCAUCUGAAGAUCCACAUCCAACGGCAUCAUGGCCCCGGCUCUCAGAAGCAGGGAGAGAGAGAAGGAGGGGGAGAGUCAGGAACCAAACUGUAGUACUGAGCAGGAGAGAGAGGGGGAGAGUCGGAGCACCAUUGAAUUGGGUGGCUUUCCUGACUGACUCCAUUGCAGACACCUUCCAGAUCUCACAACGCCUGGGUAGGUGUUUAAAAUAUCAGCUGACCACAUAUGAUAUAGUAAACUGAUGCCCGACUGAGCACCUGAUGACGUGGCACUGAACCAUUGGUUGAGGCAAUGCAACGUCUGAACUGUAUUCAGGCAGGAACACCCACUGUAUUAGAGGCAACUUCUAGAGAAUAAACAGUACAGUGGCAAAUA